AUGAGCAAGGUCCACAUCAACAUUCCACUCGCGGAGGCGCUGCAACAAAUGCCCAACUAUGCCAAGUUCUUGACAGAUGUGGUCGCUAAGAAAAGAAAGUGGGGAAAAUACGAAACAGUGGGACUAACAGAGAAUUGCAGUGUAAUAAUUAAAAAGGGACUGCCCACCAAACACAAGGAUCCAGGGAGUUUUACAUUAUCUUGUGUUUUGGGAAAUAAUGUAGAAGGUAAACCAUUGUGUGAUCUUGGAUCUAGUAUUAAUUUAAUGCCUUCAUCAUUCUACAAGAAGCUCGACAUUGACAUCAUCCGCCCCACUUCAAUCACCUUGCAAAUGGCAGAUAGAAGUACAACAAUACCAAGGGGGAUUGUAGAAGAUGUUUUGGAGGACAAGAAAGUGUCGUUGAUACUUGGAAGACCACUUCUAGCCACCGGGGGAGCCAUGAUAGAUGUGCAGAAAGGGGAGCAAACGCUGCAUUUGCAUAAUGAAAAAUUCAAAGUUCUUCCCGGGAGAAUCCCUCAAAAGGGGAACACAUUUUUGCCUUUGCGCACCACCGAAGAAGAGGAAGAGAGGAAGAAAGCAUUGGGGAAACCACGAGGAACACCUAAGGUGGAACUGAAGCCACUCCCAGAACACCUCAGAUACGCAUUUCUAGGGCCAGAUAACACGUACCUGGUUGUUGUGUUUGCCGCCUUGAAUGAGAAAGAAUGUGAAAGUUGUUAUGUGUGCUAA